AUGGCAGGCCCAAUCAUGUCCAAAUCCAAGCACCAGAAUAUUUCUAUUGCAUACCUUGUGUAUGCGCUUCUCAUUGGAAGAUACAUCGCCACUCAACCCAAAGGAGAUUGGUCCUUCUUCAGCUGGCAUCCCUUUUUGAUGAUUUGCGGAUUCAUGGGGGCCAUGGGGAUUGCGGCAGCGACGAAGAAAAAAGGUGGUUACACCAACACGAAAUACCACGGCUACUUGUCGUCAGCUGGUUUCGUGUUGGCCUGUGCUGGCAUGUACAUUAUUUACCGCAACAAGGAUCUUCAUGAACGACCCCAUUUUACAUCCACGCAUGCUUGGAUGGGGAUUGCUACCAUGGUCUGCGCCUUUCUUCCUGCCGUGUUUGGUGUCGUCUUUUUGCAUCCAGAUUUUGGCAUGGACAAGACCAACAAGACUUAUCGAUUUGCUCACAAAUGGUGCUCGCGGACGGCAAUCGUGGGAGCCUAUGUGACUGGAUACUGGGGAUUGGCCAAAAUGACACAAGAUCCAUUGGUCUUGGCGACCUAUGCUCUUCCACUGAUGGUAUUGACACCAUUCACCUUGCUUUAA